AGAUUGCCACAUAAUAAACGGCAAAGUUCUGCGAGUGUUUUUGAAGAGAAAUUUUCUGGGGCGUGAAAAGUGAUAAAUUUUCCUUCUACAGCACAAAAUUUUACUUAUUCUAGAAAAUGGCCGAGACGCCAAGUGAAUCAAAUGCUCCUGUAGGGAUAAAUACGGUGCGGGAACCACAACCAGACGAAAUUCCAGCCGCAAACGUUCGAUCCAGUUUGGCCGAGCUGGAAACUCAAGCCUCACAGGUGCUGAACCGAUUGGAAUAUGUGAAGGUGGCUCUGGAGCAGCAUCAGCAAAAUUCAAUGUUUCCACAGAUGCCGGUGACUCCUGGAUUUCUGCAGCCAGACAAGAAACCAACUGCAGAGGUGCUUACUUCUUUGGAAACGCUUAUUUCUCAGCUGGACGUAGAUGAGGAGACGGAUUUUGUGCUUCCUCCGCUAGACGACUCUUCCCAACUGGCUACAAUAACCCACUCUAUUGGUGCUUACCUAUCAGCAUUGGAUAGGCAACAUCUGAGCCGCAUUGUUUCCAAGGUAGUUUCGGAUAGCAAUCGCUGGCUCAGCCAUAUGUUUAGGUACAUGGAUUGUAGUACUAGCUUCUACCGGGACAGUGCUGAGUGUAUUCUUCAUGCUGUGAGGCUAGCAAUCGCUAUACGCUUUCCGGAAUCCAUGGAAAAUCGUUUGGCUCAACUGCAGAAUGCAACCCUGUACAUUUCGGAGACUAGUUCGCUGUUUGCUUUGCAAAAUACUUGCCGCUACGUAGGUCUUCCAGCGACAAGCAUCCGUGUUGUACCUUGUAAUACAAUUUUGGGUGUGCGCGGCACAAUGGAUGCUUCCGAGCUGCAAAGGAUCCUGACGGCCGAUGUGGAAGCAGGAAAGAUUCCACUGUUUCUUAUUGCCGAUCUGGGAUCAUCGAUUUGCGGUGAGGUGGAUAACUUGACGGUGAUUCGCAACGUGUGCAGUUUAAAUAACAUGUGGUUGCAUUGUCAAGGACACUGCCUAGCCGCGUUGGCUGUCACGAAAGGGACACUGACAGGGAUUAAAGCGAUUCCCGACUCGAUGACGCUGAAUCUUGGAAACUGGCUGGGCAUCACUGGAGUUCCAUGCGUACUGAUGCAUCGGCAGGUACCGGUGAGUGCUCUUACUCUGUUCGAUGUAGAUCCCAUCCUUUCCAAUAGACUUACUGCGAUUGGUCUGUGGACAAUAAUGCAAACCAUGGGUGCUGAUUCGAUUAGUGAGCGAAUUUUUAUGGCAUUCGAUUCGUGUCGACACAUUCACGAAGUGCUCAGUAGAAUUAAAGGCAUAAGAAUUUUGAGCAAGACGCCCAGACAGGAAGCUGGGAAAUCGUUCAGAGCGCUACUGAGUAACCCCAUCAACUAUUGUAUCUUGUUCGAAACAGCCGUCCCUGUUGUUGUUUUUCAAUUUGAUGGCAGCAGUGGAGAAACCUGUGCCAGCGUUGAAGAAACUACAUCUACGGCUUCUCAAGGUGCUAAUAACACUGCGGUAACGGUUGGUACAGAAUCGCUGAAAAACGAAGGUGAAGCAAAACCGGCCAACGAUCCUGUCAGUAAAUCGAUUGAAAAAAUUUCCAACUCCUCGUACUACGAUCGCCUCAAUGGUUGGCUUGGGCAGAUUUUACUCCGUGAUUGUUCGCAACUGAACUUGGAAAUUAUCAACCACCCCGUGUAUGGCACGUGCAUUCGUUACUCCCCAUUCGCUCCGGGAUAUGGGGACUUGCUUCCGCUAACUGAAGUUAUUGAAAAUGUCGCGCAAUUCAUUGAUGCACAAAUUGAAAUACUGAUGGCAACUGUGAAGCAUAAGAGCCGUUUCAAUAAGCUAGUAGAGGAAAGCCCGGUGCUGCGGUUGAUAGAACUGAACGAUUGGGCUGGUCUAGGCAGUGUACAUUACGUUCCGGAAGGCUGGGAAACACUACUAACCGAUCAGGCGAAAACGGAGCUCAAUCGAUUGAACACGGCGCUAGUCGAUAUGUUGAAAGCCCACGAUGGAGCAUUUUCCCUUGGUGAAGGCAGUGAUGGCCUUAUCUGCGUCCGUUUCGGAAUGGUCACCAACGAAACCGAUGUGGAGGAGCUCUUGGACCUUGUCAUUCAAACUGGUCUGAAGAUUCAGGAGAAUUCGAAAAUCCUCGACACCAUGACGGAAAUUUUGAAAAAGGGCAUCGAAGCGGCCGAAACCGAUCUACAGCGCGAGGCCGAGGAGAAACUCUGGCAGGAUGGCAUUUUGCGUCAAGUGCCGCUGGUUGGUCGAGUCGUGAACUGGUGGUCACCUCCAGCCAAAGAAAGUGGCGUCAAGGGAAGGAGCCUGAAUUUGACACAGGGCGUUGUUGAAAGCACAGAAAACAUUUACAAAUACCACAUGCAGAUGUCGGCAAAAGCGAAUCAGUUGAAAGGAAACAAAAAUCCGCCAACUCCGCUCGUUCAAACGCCGAUCAGUGCCGAUGGUACGAGUCUACAUUCCAGAAACGCCAGCUCUAGUAGCCAACAAUCGAGUGCAACUGUGGACAAAAUAACUUCUCAACAACAAAACGGACAGCAGGCUACCGAGGCCGCUUCUGCGUAAAUAAACUACUGUUUAAUAAACCUUUGAAUAUGUUUUUGAAGGGGUAAGAUACUUUCACGUCAAAACGGCAAACCUAACAACAUUUUAUGCAUAAUUUUUACCAAAGUCAUUACCUUCUUUAAAGUGAUAGAGAUUAAGUUAGAGCAAACAUAUAAGUGAUCUUGUAACACAUAAAAUAGCUGAUAGGUUUAAACAAGUAAAAAAAUACAAACAGGAGUGUUUUCAAGUGAACCCUGUGCACGAAUCAACGCAAUAAAACAUGUCAACUUAUUUAUUAUUAUAGUAUAAUAGAGCUGGCAUUACCCAUGUAGCCCUUGGAAGCGUUAAAUAAAUUUUAUUUUGCACAAAGGUUAGUAAUCAAA